AGUGCAAAAUUAACGGAUGCAUUUAGGAGGAAAUAACGAACAGUUCGAGUACUUAAUGACCGAUGAGGCUGGGACAAGAAGAGUGUUAGAUGAGAUCACUGAAGAAAAAGAUCUUGGGAUAUGGAUAAACAGCGACCUGAAACCCACUCUACAGUGUACCAGAGCAGCAAACAAAGCGAUGGGGGUACUGAGAUCGAUCAAGAAAACAUUCAAGUACAUAGAUAAAAGGUGUUUCCUUAUCUUGUACAAGACGUUCAUCAGACCCCACCUAGAGUACUGUGUGCAAGCCUGGUCACCAUACUAUAAGAAAGAUAUGGACCUGUUAGAAAAAGUGCAAAGGAGGGCAACCAAGCUAGUCCACUCUAUACGUAACCUGGAAUACGAGAGGAGACUGGAAAUCCUAGGUCUAUAUUCACUGGAACAGAGGAGAGAGAGGGGAGACCUGAUCGAAACUUACAAAAUUUUAACAGACAAAGAAAACAUAAAUAGCAACCAAUUCUUCACACUGGCAACUGGAACCACCAGGGGGAAUCCCCUGAAACUAUUCAAAAAUAGAUCCAGGCUGCAAUUGCGACAGCACUUCUUCAGCCAAAGAGUGGUGAAUGCGUGGAACGCACUGCCAACAUUUGUAGUUGAGGCCAAGACGGUCAACUGCUUUAAAAACAAACUAGACUUACAUUGGACAGAUAUGGGCACAGGCACUUGAAAUCGUUUCAAU